AUGGUGAGCACGUGGACAUGCGAGACAGCAGUGCAAGACAACGAGAAGAAAAGAAGAAAAUUGAUAGGUGGCAUGGGACUCCUUAUUGACAUUUCUUGUCACAGAAUGGUGUUUGACCUGCUGCGGAGGACGAUGCUAACAUAUGGAAGCGCGGAGGACGAGGUAGCAACGCUGGAGCCACAUCAGAUCAAGGACGAGACGGACAAGAACUUCUGCGACCUCUGCGUCAACCACAUGGCCUUCGGAGUGGAGGGAUGCCGGGCAGAGUUCUACACCAACGACAGGCUGAAGAAGUGCGGCAUCACCGUUGGCGACGACAAGUCCAAGUGA